AUGUCUGCUUCCCAGAUCACCACGGUACUCAUCAACGGACGCUUUUUUAAGGGCAGCACGCCGAAGGCCGAAGGCCAUUUCGACUCAGCCGCGGUAGUCAAGGAUGGCAAGAUCGACUUCAUCGGGAGCUCGGACGCCCCAGAGAUCCAAUCGUAUCGUGACGCUGGUGCGCAGGUGAAGGAUCUCGGUGGAAAACAUGUGCUUCCCGGCUUCAUCGAUGCGCAUAUGCAUUUCCUAAUGCUGGGGAUGUCUCUGACCAAGGUUGAUCUGAAUGAAGCGGAAAAUCUAGAAGAAAUCCGAUCACGCAUCUCAAAGUAUGCAAAGGCGAACCCAGAUAAGCCACGCAUCAUGUGCACAGGCUGGAUGCACUCCAUGACGAACGGAGAGGCUAAAGCCAGUAUGCUGGACGACCUAGAUCCUAGGCCGAUAUAUGUCGAUUCCAAGGACCUUCAUUCAUGUUGGUGCAAUAGUGCCGCGCUGAGAGAGAUGGGUAUCGAAGACAUGGAAGACCCGGCCGGGGGCACAAUCGAGAGGGACGAACAGGGAAAACCAUCAGGCCUCCUGAGCGAAGCAUGUGUGCUUUUGACAGUCUGGCCGUUCCUGGCACAGGUCACACCCCUCGAUGAAAAGAUGGCAGCGCUGAAGGCAGCAAUCGAUGCAUAUCAUGCGGCAGGCUGUACGGGAUGCAUUGACAUGGCGAUGGAUGAAAGUGCAUGGGAGUCUAUCCUCGCACUCAGGUCUGCUCAGGGGCUGCCGCUUCGGGUAGCAGCACAUUGGUGCAUCAUACCUGGGGAAAGUGACGAAUAUCGACUACAGCAAGUCGAGCGCGCCAUCAAGCUCACCCAGGAGUUCAACAGCGAAACCAGCCCAGAUUUGAGAAUUGUCGGUAUCAAGAUCAUCUGCGACGGCGUGGUUGAUGCAUGUACUGCGGCACUGGCAGAACCGUACACGACUAAUGGGCAUUUCGAGGGUCCAAUCUGGACUCCCGAGAUGCUCGAUCCGGUGGUCAAGAAAGCUUGUGACAGUGGGUUGCAAUGUGCACUGCACGCUAUCGGGGACCAAGCCGUCACCAAUGCUGUCAAUGUGCUCGAGAAGCACGGCAAGCCCGGUCAGCGACAUCGCAUUGAGCAUCUCGAACUCACCGCGCCCGAAGAUGCGAAACGGCUUGGUAAACUAGGCAUUACAGCUAGCAUACAGCCGGUCCACUCCGAUCCGUCAAUUCUCCGCGCUUGGCCAGAGCUAUUGGGUCCUGAAAGAGUGAAGAGGGCAUUUGCGUACUCGGAAUUCGCAAACCACGGAGCAACCCUUGCUAUAGGGUCCGAUACGCCUACUGCACCGUAUGCACCUUUGCCUAAUCUGUAUAUCGCGACAACUCGCAAGUCAGCCAGACAACCUGAUGCGGGUGAUGCACCAGUCAACGAAAACUUUAAGCUGGAGUUGGCUCAGGCGGUGACUGGGGUCACGACAGGUGCAGCCUAUUCGUGUUUUGCGGAUGAUCGCAUAGGAAGUCUGGAAGUUGGAAAGAUGGCAGAUUUCUGUGUUGUGGACAUGGAGUGGAAGGGCGAGGAGCUGCUCAAUGCCAAGGUUAUGGAAACAUGGUUUGACGGGAAACGAGUGUAUGAAGCUUGA